AUGGCAAGCUCACCGACCCCCGAGAUGUGGUCUGCCAUGACCAAGUUGGUUCAGUCCUUUUUCCAAAAGCCCGAUGCAGAGCCCUUUCGAGAGCCAGUUGAUUGGCAAAACAUGGGCCUCUACGACUAUCCCAAAGUGGUCAAAAAGCCCAUGGACUUGGGCACCAUCAAGAAGAAUAUUGUGGAUCGCAAGUACAAGACGUUGAUGGACGCCAAUGAAGAUGUCAAGUUGGUCUGGUUCAACUGCAUGACGUACAAUCAGGACGGAAGCGACUUUUACAUCUUGGCACAAACACUCAACAAGAAAUGGAAUGAAAAGUACAAAAAAUUGAUGGACGAUUUGCGCAUCAAGGACGACACUCCGGUUGCGCUGUCGUCAGGCGUCGACAAGCGCGUCAGUAACGAUGACAAGCGGGCAUUUGCCAAGAGCCUCUACAAGAUUUCCAAGGAAGACUUGGGAAAAAUACUAGUCGAAUUGGAGAAAAAGGCACCCUCGUCUCUCAACAAGAACAGUGCCGAAGAUGAAAUUGAUCUCAACAUUGACAAGAUCCCGGCGCCCUUGUUUAGUGACUUGCAAACGUUUGUCAAAAAUGCCAUCAAGGCAGAUGGUGGAAAGGUCAAGAAAAAGGCCAGUGGAGGUGGCGGUGGAGGCAAUAAGCGACAAAAGGCGUAG